CGUCGUGUUCAAAACUCAAGGUCUUUGAUUUUUUUUGGCAAAAAAAAAAUUUAAUUUCCAAAUUUUCUGAUUAGUGAUUAUAUAUAUAAAAAAAAAAAAAAAAUUCCUUAUCUAAUUUAAGAAUAUUUUUAUUUAAUCAUUUUUUUAAUAAUUGCCAAUUGAAAAUUGACAGUGAAAAAAUAUAGAUUUAAUGACAGAUUAUUGCAAAAAAAAAAAAUUUUAUUAUCAAAAAAAAGGAAUUUUUUUUUAAUUUAAUAAUGCAAGCAUCUUACGAGUUUAUAUUUUCUAAGUUGGUGAAUAUUAAUUAAUGAAACUGAAAUCGCAUGAGGAAUGCAAAAAUGAACGUGAUAUCGAAUAAGAAUUUUAGCAUCAUCGAUGAGGACAAUCAGUAUAUUCCUUAUGAGAUGAGACCUGAGACAUAUAUUGUACCAGCAGUAUUUAUCAUUAUACUGAUUGUCGGCGUUGUUGGAAAUGGAAUUCUUGUAUUUACAUUGUGUCGUUAUCCAAGCUUAAGAAACAUUCCAAACAUUUAUGUGCUUUCUUUAGCACUUGGUGACCUUUUGGUACUAAUAACAUGCGUUCCAUUUACAUCAAUUCUAUAUACAAUCGAAUCUUGGCAUUGGGGAUUAACAGUAUGCAAGAUUUCAGAAUGCUCCAAGGAUAUAUCAAUAGGUGUUUCUGUUUUUACAUUAACUGCUUUAUCAGCAGAAAGAUAUUGUGCCAUAGCAGAUCCUUUAAGAAGUCACGUAUCAGGAUUAAAUUCAAAGACAUUGACAAUAUGUAUUGCAAUUUUGAUAUGGUUAUUGGCAAUUAUUUUCGCUGUGCCUGCAUUUGCAUUCUCUUAUGUUCGACCACAGCCUCUUAAUGGAAAUCAUAGCAUCAUGAUUUGCAGUCCAUUUCCCAAAGAUUUCGGUGAAAAUUACGAGAAAGGAAUGAUUCUUUUCAAAUUCCUCGCUUAUUAUGCAAUACCACUGUGCAUUAUAUCAGGAUUUUAUUUAGGCAUGGCUCGGCAUCUUGAACUUUCAACUAGAAAUAUGCCUGGUGAAAUUCCUGGCGCAACACAACAUUGUGAACAAAUUCGUAGCCGAAAAAAGGCUGGCAAAAUGGUGAUAUCAUUUGUAAUAAUUUUCUUCAUUUGCUUUUUGCCAUAUCAUAUAUUCAUGCUGUGGUUCCACUUCUAUCCAUAUUCACGUGAUGUGUAUGAUGACUUUUGGCAUGCCUUUCGGAUAAUCGGCUUUUGCCUCAGUUUCAUUAAUAGUUGUGUCAAUCCCAUUGCACUCUAUUUUAUUAGUGGUACUUUUCGAAAAAAGUAUAAUGAAUAUCUUUGUUGUUGUAUUGCAAGCAGAAGAAAUUCCAAUAGAGAAUUAUCACGCUCAAGAGGAAAUAAUACGAGUAGAAAUUUUGAAACAAGUUUUAAUUCAACUUUUCGACGAAAUACUCAAGAAUUGAAUUCCGUUGCAUUAUUGGUUUGGUGAAACGAAACCCCACCAAAUAUCACAAAUUUUUUCAAAAUCCACUCUCGCGUUCAACGACAUCCUCCUCGAAAUGUAUAAAGUUUAAAAAAAAAAAAACCUCCCUUUAAUAUUUAAUAAAUUAUAUACACAUCGAUAAUUAUAUAUAAUUACCAUUAUAAAAAAAUAUAAAUGUAAUAUCAAUUCUUUAAUUACUUAAAAUUUUAAAUUUUUUUAUAAAAAAAAAGAAGUAGGUCUUCAUUUAUAAACCAAAAAAAAAAAAUUGUAUAAGAAACUAAUUGAAAAAAUGCGCGCAAAAUUACCUAGAUAUUAUUCCUUAUAUUAAAUAAUUAAUGUAAUUUACUCUCUAAAUCUGAAUUAG